AUGUACCGCAGCUGGCGGGCGUUUGUGCGGGACGCGCGGCACAACCACCUGCUCAUCAUCCCGGCAGCGCUGUACGCGGUCAACAACUACCUCAAGUUCCUCAUGCAGCUCUACUUCAAGCCCACCACCGCCAAGAUGCUGUCCAACCUCAAGGCGCGGCGCUGGGGAGCGAUCCUUGUGAUCGCGGUGCUGCUGAGGAGCGUCAUGAACCGCUCCUUCAACAUCUACCAGUGGGAGGCGCUGUUCCUGCUGGUGGCGGGCAUCACGGUCAACCAGCUCAAUUACUGCGGCAAGGACGGCGGCGGCGACGUCUUCUCGCCGCUGGCAAUCCUGUACACGAUCGGCAGCAUCACGGUGCCCUCUCUGGCCUCUGUGUACAACGAGUUUGCGCUGAAAAAGCACAUGGACACGAGCGUGCUGCUGCAGAACUUUUUCCUCUACUUCUACGGCAUGUGCUUCAACCUGGUGGGCCUGCUGCUCAUGAUGGCCACAGGGCACAUGCGCCCCGGCCACAUGCUGCAGGGCUUCAGAGCGGUCACCUUUUUGCUGGUGGUGAACAACGCGCUGCAGGGCAUCCUGUCCUCCUUCUUCUACAAGUACGCCGACACCAUCCUGAAGAAGUACUCGUCCACCAUUGCCACCAUCCUCACCGGCCUCGCCUCCGCCGCACUCUUCGGCCACGCCCUCACCCUCAACUUCCUCAUCGGAGUCUCCAUCGUUUUCAUCUCCAUGUGA